UUGUUAACGACUAACAGUGUUAUAAAUAAUUCGUAUUUGAACUAAUAUUCAUUUGAAAUUAGAAUUUAGUUCAACAUUUACCAAUGAUUGGAACAGUUAGAGACUUGGGGUUAAUUUUUCUUCUCGUAGCAAUGUUUAAUGGUUGUUUCCAUUGUAGCCAGAUACAAAGUCUUGUUAAACUGAAAAAAAUUCACUGCCGAGCUUCGCAUCCAGAUUUGGUUUCUCUGGAGGAAUGUAAUAUAUUAGACAUGGUCAAUGAAAGUAAAGUGCAGACGUUAUGUUACUUUAAGGAGAAACCGAUUAAUCAAGUUAAUUUGCGUAUGAAAUCUUAUGUGAAACGUCCAAUGGGAUAUGUGCCUUUUGUCAUCGAUAUAACUGUGGAUUGGUGUGAGUUUCUAAUUAAACGCAGCAAUAUCAUUCUGAAACGAUUAUUUGGUUUGGUUGAAAAAUAUUCAAAUAUGCAAACGAAAUGCCCGAUUACAGAAACUUUUAUUUAUCUUAACGCUUCCAUAGAUAAGGAUAGGGGCUUUCAUCUGCCAUUUAAAUUUCCCGCCGGAGACUAUCGUAUUGAUUUUAUAACUACAUUUAAUACAGUUAUUCACGUUGUAACUUAUCUUUACUUUGAAGUUGAGUAAAGUUGACCUAACAUAUCUAAUCAAAUAUCGUCUGAACCGGUGAUUAACCAUGUA